AUGAUGGCAGCUGUUUCUCACCCUCAUCCCCACCCUCAAGAUCCGAUCACUGAAACGGAGUGCAACUAUCACGUCAUCAACAAUCAUCUGGCGUGGAAUGAAUACAUCAAAAAAGCGGGCCGCUACAUCGAACUGAACGAAUUCAAGUCGACGCGAACACGUGGUGUAAAACAAUGGUCGGCUGAAGGAGCGACGGCUGCUGGUCCGAAAACGGCUCCGAUUCGAUUCACAAGAGCGAGCAGUGCAGCGGCAGCCAUGGCGCAGCGUGAGCCAGAAAAAGAGAUCAUGCGACAAGCAGUGGAAUUAGCCAAGGCCAAUGUACACGAUGCGAUGGACCUCAUCCGCGACAAGAUGAUCGACCGGAUCGAUCUCUCUUCUCUCUCACCGUUGCUCAUAGGUGAUGCCGUGAAUGAUUGGAUAGAGCAUCAGUUUCACGAACCAGCCAUGCGAAAUGUCUGA